AUGGCGACUUCCGGCCAUCGGCCUGAGGUUCCGUCACGCGAGAAGUCAACGUCGGCCCCCUCCAUAAUACGACGGGAACGCAGCCGACGGAUCCUCAAUCUGGUCACAAACUCGAUCAUUCCUUGCUUCACCCUCCACCUCUCGAAUGCAUGCAACCGGCUUGCUAUCGCCAUCGUCCCGUCAGAUGUCCUCCGAGCCAGCGGUCCAGUCACUGAGCAGAACAUUGUGGCGCCAGCACUGCCGAAUGAGACGACCGCGUCGGUCAUUCCUCUUACUGGGGACGAGAACCGUUCUUCCUUCUGGACGCAGUACGCCGUGGUGCAGGAAGUGGAUGUAGUGCUGCGAUGGGAGCUGUGCGGCUCUUCAACUAUACCCAAGGACGUACGUCCUGAAGAUGACCAGUCAAACCCUCCGUCACCCCCAGUCCAGCCGCAAGACACAGCAUCGCGCCCAGCACCCCCAUCUAAAAAGUCCUGGCUAAAGAGAACAUUCGUGUUGCCUGGCCCAGACCACGAUCCGACCGGGGAAACCGGGAAAUGGAAUCUCGGCUGGCGGGAGUCCGACUCUCCCACCGGCGAAGGCAGCUCUUGGAGUGACCGCCCGCUAGGAGCGCAUUCGUCAGGGACGAGAAUGAGAACGAGAACAAGGACGCUACAGCCAGACGAAAUUGAUGUGCAUACGAACUUGCAGGACGUGAGUUUCCGCACGGAGAGCGAGCUGGGAUUACUGGAGACAACCACUGUCAGGUGUAUUUGGGUGGAGAUCGAGGUCGGUAUAUAG